UUCUCCUUUGUUCGUUCUUUUAUUUUUUUGACAGAAACUACAAAUUUUUGUUGGCGUAUGUUUCAUGAGGUUUUCUACAACUUCUGGUAUAAGAUUAUCGAAUAUCCAUUUGAGUACGAUCAAAAUGUACAAGGAAGAACUUCUCUCUAUUUUAUAAGUCCUAAGUCCUAAAUUUAUUGCGAUAAGGAUAAUUCAUUGGAUGGUUCUUUCUAGAGAAACCGUUAGAAGAAUCCGUUGUGUUUCCGUUUGAACGAUCUAGUGCACAUUUGUCGUCUAAGUGCGCGAACCACUCCCGGCUGGUGUUAACGUGUUACUAUCGCGAGAUAACAAAAUGGCUGUUAAUGUGUAUGCAACAAAUGUGACCACCGAUAAUCUAAGUCGUCAUGACAUGUUGGCAUGGGUUAAUGAUUGCCUGCAAUCAUCAUUUACCAAGAUUGAAGAAUUAUGUACAGGAGCUGUUUAUUGUCAAUUCAUGGAUAUGCUCUUUCCUGGAAGUGUACCUUUGAAGAGGGUAAAGUUCAGAACUAAUCUUGAACAUGAAUAUAUACAGAAUUUUAAAAUUCUUCAAGGUGGUUUCAAAAAAAUGAGCGUUGAUAAGGUUAUACCAGUGGACAAGCUGAUAAAGGGACGCUUUCAAGAUAAUUUUGAAUUUCUUCAAUGGUUCAAGAAAUUCUUUGAUGCAAAUUAUGAUGGUCGUGAGUACGAUGCCUAUGAAGCUCGUGGUUGUAUACCGCUAGGUUCUGGUGUCGAUGGAACUCAUAAUCUAUCAAAUCCCCAAUUGGUACCUCUACCUCCUCAGUCGAAGCAACCACAAAUGCAACAAAAACAUACACAACAGCGUAAUAUAUCUUCAAGGCAACAGCAGGGUAUAUUAAUAGUUUCAUCACAAUAAUAUAUUUUUUUUGUUAUUUUUUUAUUUUGUUCCAUGUCUUCUACCAAUUAUUUGCAGAUAGUGCCAAUUGACAAGCUGGUGAAAGGCAGGUUCCAAGACAACUUUGAAUUUUUACAAUGGUUCAAGAAGUUUUUUGAUGCAAAUUACUCAGGAGCAGAACCCUAUGAUGCACUUGCUAUGCGAGGAGGUGAAGCUAUGGGUAGUGGUGGGAACACUGCACCACGUGGCUCAAAUGUGAAACGUCCUACACCACGUGAUGUAAACUCAGCAAAAACUACCACUCGUACUGGUGAUGGAACUCAAUCUGUACAGGCACCUAGUAUGAAGCCUUUGAACAAACCUAUAAAUAAAGCUCAACCAUUCCGCCCUCAACAAAAGACCGUAGCAGCAAAUCGCGGAGAUUCUGAAAAAGUUGAAGAGCUCAGUGCACAGGUUGUGGAGCUUAAAAUGUCGAUUGAUGGUCUAGAAAAAGAAAGAGAUUUCUACUUUGGAAAAUUACGUGACAUAGAAGUAAUAUGUCAAGAUUGUGAGAAUGGUGAUCCUCCUCCUAUUAUACAAAAAAUAUUAGAUGUUCUUUAUGCAACAGAGGAUGGAUUUGCACCGCCGGAAGAAUUAGAGGGAGAUGGGUUGGCCCCUGACGACGAAGAAGAGUAUUAACAUUUUUUUACUAUCAUAAAAACAAGGACACAGUAAAUCAUCCAAGUGCAUCUCCCGUUUAUUAUAUCUGCGAGCCAGUACCAGUACUCCUUGCAUAAUUAAUAAUAAGUCACUCUGUAUAGUUGUUCAAUCAUUUGUGCGUAAGUUUUGUUGCUAAUGUUCACGAAGCUCAUAAGAAUUUGCACGAGAAUUAGGCCCCGACACUUUUAUAGUGCACUCGAGUACUUGUACUUUUCGUGUUUUCUCCUUUUUUUCUUUCUUUCUUAUAUAUUUGCAAUAUUUUUUUCCUCCUUAACCACUAGUAACACAUAUGAAAGACUUAUUGUAUCGGUAUAUAACUUACUACUAAUUGUUGUUUCCUCCUUAACAACAUUAAUCAUGUUUAUAAAAAAAUUAUGGGAAGUGGUGAUUAAGAAGGAAAAAAAAUAGUCAGUAGUAAAUUAUAUGAUAUACAGUGAGUGUGUCUUCAUCAUGUAACGGCUGCCAUUUUUGGAUUUACUAUAUUAAUCAUAUUUUAUAUAGAAUUUAAAGAAAUUUCCGAAUAAUAUUACACAAAGUAGCCUGAAUUUUAUGCAACGAGCAUGUUAAUCGUUUAUUUUCUCCGUAAAGUGCAAAGAACGUUUCUGUUUAUAGUUGCACUAUACCUGUGUCGAUAAGCGUCGAAGCUUCUAUUUCUUAAUAUUUUGUUUUAUGAAAUGUCUAUAUUUUUAAAAUAUCAUGCUGUUAAUCCACAGUUAAAUGUUAAUAAUGUCACUCGAGGCAUCCCUUCGUGUGCAAUUCAAAUGAAGAUUGCAGUCCAUUCUUUGAUGUGAGAUAGUGCUGUACGCCAAUUAUACCGAUGUUGAUUUUAAUUUUUGUAAUAUAACUGGAAUGUAUGUAAGAAAGUUUUAGUAUUUGUGGUACAAGACUAAAAAGAAAAAAAAAAAUAUAUAUAUAUUUCCUUGUGAUUCUUUCGUCACUAACGAUGCGAUGGCACAAUAUGCAUAGUAAAAAAAAAGUUAGAUGAAAGAAAAUACGAAUUUCAAACAAAAGAAACGAAAAUGUAGAAUUAGUCGCAAGUUUUUUAAACCUUCGUUUAUCAUAUUCUCCAUAAUUACGUGAAAAUUUCGAAAUAUUAUUAAAUUUAUCUUAUAACUCUUUAUUAUAUACUUUUGUUAAUAAUAUUUGAUAUCGUACGUUCUCAAAAUACUUGAACUGUCCUCUUAAACAAUUUUUUCAAUUCACCAUCAAGUCAAUGGGACAAACAUGUGUUAAGCGAUCUCACGUUGGACAAUAUAUUAUUCGUCUUGAUAAUAAUAAUAAUUAGACUAAUAAUAAUAAUAAUAAUAAUAAUAAUAAUAAUAAUAAUAAUAAUAAUAAUAUAAUAAUAAUAAUAAUAACAAUAACAAUAAUAACAAUAAUACUAAUAAUAGAAAAAUUCGCUAAACGCUUCUGGUGUCAAAUCUUCGUCUAUCAAUACUAAUCGGUCGUGAGAGAUAUAGGUUUGGACAAAACUAUCUACAUAUUUGAUAUGUUCGAAUUAACGUAUAUCAUAUCUUGUUAGAGCGAUGCAUGCUCGAAAAAGUGAAUUUUUUCAUCAUUAAUGCUAUAAAUGAAAUCUUAUCGAAUUUUUAUUGCGCGCGAAACGGUUUUGAAUGUUACAAUGAAUGCAUCAUUUUUUUGAAUACUAUAAAAUAACUAUAUAUAUAUAUAUAUAUAAAGGAAAAAGAAAGAAAAAAAAAAUUAACACGAUACAGUGUUCCUUCGUAAAGAGAAAUUUGUGAAAUUGUGUGGCAAGAGGUAUUAAGAAGUGGAAGAUAUGAAAAAAUGUGUGAAAGGAUUUUAAGUAUGGAAGAUUUAAUUAAACGCGUGUAUGAUGGUAUGUAUCGUGUACAUGUGUUUUUGCAAAUUUAAAAUUCAAUCUUCAAAAGGGAGAGAAAAAAAAGAAGAGAUUCCUCGUAAAACAUUUAAAACACCAAUGAUUUUCAAAUGAUAAUCUUAAAAAAGGAAAAAAAAAAAAAAAAAAAGAAAAACAAAAGAUAUGUCUCGCCGAUGUCGUCGAAUUAUAAUUAAGAAUUUACUCUAUACGUACGACUUGCUCUAUAUAAUUAUUUUUUAUUGAUUAAAGAUACAUAGUUUUUCUCGGCUUGCGCCUUAUUCGUUCGUAUAUGUAUAUGCGUGUACAACGUUAGAUAACACGGUUGUGCUUCGGAAUUGCAUUCUCAACGAUGAUGUAAUAAACGUUUAAUAAAAUCAAUAUGGGCGCUGUUACACGUAA